AUGCUCAACGGACCAGCAGCAGCAAGGCUCUCUGAAACUCAAGAUCAGGCUGAAAAACAAGAACGAAGAUUAGAAGCUCAACGGACUGCAGCAGCAAGGCUCUCUGAAACUCAAGAACAGGCUGAAACAAGACGAAGAUUAGAUGCUCAACGGACUGCAGCAGCAAGGCUCUCUGAAACUCAAGAACAGGCUGAAACAAGACGAAGAUUAGAAGCUCAACGGACUGCAGCAGCAAGGCUCUCUGAAACUCAAGAUCAGGCUGAAACAAGACGAAGAUUAGAAGCUCAACGGACUGCAGCAGCAAGGCUCUCUGAAACUCAAGAUCAGGCUGAAACAAGACGAAGAUUAGAAGCUCAACGGACUGCAGCAGCAAGGCUCUCUGAAACUCAAGAUCAGGCUGAAACAAGACGAAGAUUAGAAGCUCAACGGACUGCAGCAGCAAGGCUCUCUGAAACUCAAGAACAGGCUGAAACAAGACGAAGAUUAGAAGCUCAACGGACUGCAGCAGCAAGGCUCUCUGAAACUCAAGAACAGGCUGAAGCAAGACGAAGAUUAGAUGCUCAACGGACUGCAGCAGCAAGGCUCUCUGAAACUCAAGAUCAGGCUGAAACAAGACGAAGAUUAGAAGCUCAACGGACUGCAGCAGCAAGGCUCUCUGAAACUCAAGAUCAGGCUGAAACAAGACGAAGAUUAGAAGCUCAACGGACUGCAGCAGCAAGGCUCUCUGAAACUCGAGAUCAGGCUGAAACAAGACGAAGAUUAGAAGCUCAACGGACUGCAGCAGCUGAAACAAGACGAAGAUUAGAAGCUCAACGGACUGCAGCAGCAAGGCUCUCUGAAACUCAAGAUCAGGCUGAAACAAGACGAAGAUUAGAAGCUCAACGGACUGCAGCAGCAAGGCUCUCUGAAACUCGAGAUCAGGCUGAAACAAGACGAAGAUUAGAAGCUCAACGGACUGCAGCAGCAAGGCUCUCUGAAACUCGAGAUCAGGCUGAAACAAGACGAAGAUUAGAAGCUCAACGGACUGCAGCAGCAAGGCUCUCUGAAACUCAAGAACAGGCUGAAACAAGACGAAGAUUAGAAGCUCAACGGACUGCAGCAGCAAGGCUCUCUGAAACUCGAGAUCAGGCUGAAACAAGACGAAGAUUAGAAGCUCAACGGACUGCAGCAGCAAGGCUCUCUGAAACUCAAGAUCAGGCUGAAACAAGACGAAGAUUAGAAGCUCAACGGACUGCAGCAGCAAGGCUCUCUGAAACUCAAGAUCAGGCUGAAACAAGACGAAGAUUAGAAGCCCAACGGACUGCAGCAGCAAGGCUCUCUGAAACUCGAGAUCAGGCUGAAACAAGACGAAGAUUAGAAGCUCAACGGACUGCAGCAGCAAGGCUCUCUGAAACUCAAGAUCAGGCUGAAACAAGACCAAGAUUAGAAGCUCAACGGACUGCAGCAGCAAGGCUCUCUGAAACUCAAGAUCAGGCUGAAACAAGACGAAGAUUAGAAGCUCAACGGACUGCAGCAGCAAGGCUCUCUGAAACUCGAGAUCAGGCUGAAACAAGACGAAGAUUAGAAGCUCAACGGACUGCAGCAGCAAGGCUCUCUGAAACUCAAGAACAGGCUGAAACAAGACGAAGAUUAGAAGCUCAACGGACUGCAGCAGCAAGGCUCUCUGAAACUCGAGAUCAGGCUGAAACAAGACGAAGAUUAGAAGCUCAACGGACUGCAGCAGCUAGGCUCUCUGAAACUCCAGAACAGGCUGAAACAAGACGAAGAUUAGAAGCUCAACGGACUGCAGCAGCAAGGCUCUCUGAAACUCAAGAACAGGCUGAAACAAGACGAAGAUUAGAAGCUCAACGGACUGCAGCAGCAAGGCUCUCUGAAACUCAAGAACAGGCUGAAACAAGACGAAGAUUAGAAGCUCAACGGACUGCAGCAGCAAGGCUCUCUGAAACUCAAGAAACAGCUGAAACAAGACGAAGAUUAGAAGCUCAACGGACUGCAGCAGACAGGCUCUCUGAAACUCAAGAACAGGCUGUAAAGGGUGUGAAACAAACGAAACGAAGAAGAUUAGAAGCUCAACGGACUGCAGCAGCAAGGCUCUCUGAAACUCAAGAACAGGCUGAAACAAGACGAAGAUUAGAAGCUCAACGGACUGCAGCAGCAAAGCUCUCUGAAACUCGAGAUCAGGCUGAAACAAGACGAAGAUUAGAAGCUCAACGGACUGCAGCAGCAAGGCUCUCUGAAACUCAAGAUCAGGCUGAAACAAGACGAAGAUUAGAAGCUCAACGGACUGCAGCAGCAAGGCUCUCUGAAACUCGAGAUCAGGCUGAAACAAGACGAAGAUUAGAAGCUCAACGGACUGCAGCAGCAAGGCUCUCUGAAACUCGAGAUCAGGCUGAAACAAGACGAAGAUUAGAAGCUCAACGGACUGCAGCAGCAAGGCUCUCUGAAACUCGAGAUCAGGCUGAUGAAACAAGACGAAGAUUAGAUGCUCAACGGAUUGCAGCAGCAAGCGCUCUGAAUCUCAAGAUCAGGCUUGAAACAAGACGAAGAUUAGAAGCUCAACGGACUGCAGCAGCAAGGCUCUCUGAAACUCGAGAUCAGGCUGAAACAAGACGAAGAUUAGAAGCUCAACGGACUGCAGCAGCAAGGCUCUCUGAAACUCGAGAUCAGGCUGCAACAAGACGAAGAUUAGAUGCUCAACGGAUUGCAGCAGCAAGGCUCUCUGAAACUCGAGAUCAGGCUGAAACAAGACGAAGAUUAGAAGCUCAACGGACUGCAGCAGCAAGGCUCUCUGAAUCUCAAGAUCAGGCUGAAACAAGACGAAGAUUAGAAGCUCAACGGACUGCAGCAGCAAGGCUCUCUGAAACUCAAGAUCAGACUGAAACAGCAGCAACAAGGCAGUCUGAAACUCCAGAAGUAAACGGGGAGAGUGAGAAUGAAUACUCGAGGGACUGCACCAACCAGGCAACUUGUAACUCAGGGCGAGCUCAACACUAG